AUGGCUUCACCUAGGACACGUCGUAAAUUAAACUCAAUUCGCAACUUAUAUGAAAACGAUAGAUGUUUCGAGUGCGGAACAUUAAAUCCGCAAUGGGUUUCGGUAACUUAUGGCAUAUGGAUCUGUUUGGAGUGUUCUGGUGUACAUCGUAGCCUUGGAGUGCAUUUAUCGUUUGUACGAUCUGUAACUAUGGAUAAAUGGAAAGAUACAGAACUCGAAAAGAUGAUGGUCGGAGGAAAUGCCAAGGCGAAAGAUUUUUUUGAAAGCCAACCUGAUUAUUCAUCAGAUUUGAAAAUUGUGCAGAAGUACAAUACAAAAGCUGCAGCAAUGUAUAAACAGAAGAUAGCUGCUCUUGCGGAAGGUCAGGAUUGGAGUCCCUCAGACUUCAAAUCUGAAGUCAUUGAACGCCCAACUCAAUGGAAUCAAUCUCAGAACUUCUACUCAUCAGAUGAUACUGCAUUUCAUAACAGUGGUUCAGACAACAAUAUUAGUUAUCACAGCGAGUAUGGUAGCAGUCGUUACACAGGCUUUGGAAAUUCCAACCGUUCCCAUUCUACACCAUCAUCACCCGCCAAUCCCAACGAAGUUGUGGAUGCAGCCCUCUCUUCAUUGGCAUCGGGCUGGUCGCUGUUUACAUCAUCUGUGAGUAAGGCAGCUCGUUCAGCAACGGAGAGUGCGGUUCGUUAUGGCGGUAUGGCCUCACAGAAAGUAACGGAGAUGGCGUCUACUGUUACUGAAAAGGUCAACAAUAGAGGUGGUUGGAGCUCGCUUGGUGGCACGUCAGAACUUCGUCGUGCCAGUAACUCCAGCAUGCAAAACCAACCGCAAAGCUAUGGCGCCAUGAAGAACUCCACUUCGGAGCCUUACUCUAAAUGGAACGAGCAAACGCAACCGUGGAAAGAAUCUGUUGCGACACGUAAUAAUUUGGAUACACGUGAUUUAUCUCAAGUUGGCAUUUCGAGCCCACCGCCGGACGUAAAGAAUAUCACAAUUAAGAAGAAAUCGGACGAGGACUCCUGGGACUGGCUCAACAAUUAA